AUGAAGAUUUAUGAUAUCCAGCCACCUCGAACCGACAACAAGGACGAUCUAUCCUUCUGUAUCCUAUGGUCCCCAUUGCAUCCGAUCACUCUUCUAUUCCCGUUCUUAGGGCACAUUGGCAUCUCUGACAGCCAUGGCGUUGCCUCAGACUUUCAAGGACCAAACUUGAUUGGUGAAUCUCAGAAUGGGAGAAGGAUGGCCUUUGGAGCGCCAACGAGAUAUCUCAAGAUUGACAUUGGACUGCUUCCAGGAGGAGCGGAAAGAUGGGAUGAAUGCAUUGAAGGUGGGUUCUUCUGCUGUUCAGCUAUACAUAAAUGCCCAAGCUGUCGCUGUCAAGUCGCUCAUCUUCCUGUCGGAACACAACAAUAUGUUACGUAUUAUACAUGUGUGUAUGUCGUCCAUGGAGGCAAAUCAGGUCUGCCGAGGAGGAGGAAUGAAAAGCAUCUGUUGUGGUAA